AUGGUAAUCGUAUGUGGAGGAGGUACCCUGUUAUUUUUUGGUUUGUCAACAUAUCGAGGGGAUGAGAAAUUUUAUACCAAUAUGGUGAUGCCAGCUACCAGGCUUCUAGAUGCUGAAACUGCUCAUAAUUUAGCUGUUAAAGUGUCUAAAUAUAACAUACUACGAAAACCACCACCUGACCCACCAUCUUUGGAAAGUAAAUUAUGGGGUAGAAAAUUUAGUAAUCCUGUAGGACUAGCAGCAGGAUUUGAUAAACAAGGUGAAGCUGUAGAGGGAUUAUUAAGGAUGGGGUUUGGAUUUGUGGAAGUUGGAAGUGUUACACCAGAACCACAGUCUGGCAACCCUAAACCUCGUGUAUUUAGAUUAAAAGAAGAUAAAGCUGUUAUAAAUAGAUAUGGUUUUAAUAGUGAUGGCCAUCAAGUAGUAGCUGAUAGAUUGAAUAAACAAAUAUUCUCAGAAAAGGGCAUCAUGGGAGUAAAUCUUGGUAAAAAUAAGACAUCACCUGAUCCUGUAGCAGACUAUAUUAAAGGUGUACAAGUAUUUGGUAAAAUGGCUGACUAUUUAGUUGUCAAUAUAUCGAGUCCCAAUACACCUGGUCUUAGAGCUAUGCAAGGGCGUAAGCAAUUGGAAGAACUCUUACAGAAGGUAUCUACAGAAAGAGAUAAACUAAAAACCAGAGUUCCACUCUUAGUUAAAAUAGCACCAGAUUUAACUUCUGAUGAAAAGAAAGAUAUAGCAGACAUUGUUACUAAAUCUAAGAGUGGUGUAGAUGGUUUAAUUGUAAGUAAUACAACAGUCAGCAGACCAGAAUCUUUACAGAGUCAAAAUAAAGCAGAAACAGGUGGAUUGAGUGGUCUCCCUUUAAAACAGUUAUCUACCUCAACUAUAAGUGACAUGUACAAAUUAACACAAGGUAAAAUACCUAUAAUUGGAGUUGGUGGUAUAGCUAGUGGACAAGAUGCUUACGAGAAAAUUAAGGCAGGAGCCUCUUUAAUACAACUUUAUACAGCUUUAGUCUAUCAUGGUCCUCCAGUUGUUAAAAAAAUUAAAAAAGAAUUGGAUCAGUUGCUUCAGGCUGAUGGUUAUUCAAAUGUUCAGGAUGCAAUUGGUAUGGAUCAUAAAUCUAAGUGA